CUGGGCGAGCCGGCCGCGGGCUCCGCCGUGCAGGCCCUCAGCUGCCACUAAAUGCCUAGCCAUGACUGAGCAUGGGGAGCAACUGCCAGAGGAGGUGCUGGCACUCAUCUUCUGUUACCUGCCCCUGCCCGACCGUGCUGCCGCCGCCAGGGUUUGCAGGGCCUGGGCUGCCGCCGCCACCUGCAGUGCCGUGUGGCAUGACGUAAACAUCAGUUGCGACUCGGAGCUAGAAAGCCUGUUGUCACUGUAUCUGUCCUCCUGCCUGGAUCACGUCCGCAACCUGGGGCUACAAUUCGAGCCAUCGAGGGAGCCCAGCCGCCGGAAAGUCAAGGAGUUGCUGACGACGCUGGCCGGCCGGACCCCGGGGCUACGCCGCCUGCGCCUGGAGUGCCGCGGAGAGAAGCCGCUCUUCGACGCGGGCCGCGACGUCCUGGACGCCGUGCAUGCCGUCUGCCGGGACACGCGGGCGCUGCGCCACCUCAACCUGCGGCGCCUGCCCUUCACAUUGGACGAUGCGCUGGUGCUGCAGGUGGCACGCGGCUGCCCCGAGCUCCGCAGCCUUUUCCUGAACAACGACACAUUGGUGGGCAGCGUAGGGCCCGGUUCAGUGCUCACGCUCCUCGAAGCCUGCCCGCACCUGUGUGCCCUCGGCCUGCACCUGGCCAGCCUGUCGCGCCCGGCUCUCGAGACACUGGCAGCGCCAGAUCGUGCGCCUUUCGAGCUCCUGGUUCUUCGAGGCGCGUGCCCCGAGGAUGCCCGCGCGCCGCCGCUGCCUGACGAAGCCUGGGCCGCGUUGCGCCGCCGUCACCCGGGCCUGGUGGUGGAGCUGGAGCUCGAACCCGCACUGUCCGGCGAGAGCGUGACGCGCGUUCUGCAGCCGGCGGUGCCCGUGGCCGCGCUGCGCUUCUGCCUCUCCGGGGACACCGUCGGGCCGCUGCGCUUCGCCUCGCAGCACUACGCCGCAACCCUGCGCACGCUCGAGGUGCGCGCGGCCGCCUCGGCCCAGCUGGACGCGGCGCUGGAGGAGCUGGCGGCGCGCUGCGCGGGGCUGCACGAAGUGCACUGCUUCUGCCUGGUGCGCCCGUCGGUGCUGGGGGCCUUCCGCGCGCACUGCCCGCGCCUGCGCAGUUACACGCUCAGACACACUCCGGCGCCACAUCCAUGGCGGCCCACACUCGUGGCGUGAAGGACGGAACCCCCUCUCCCCCCACCCCUGUUCAUCCCGCCGCCGCCCCCGCGAGGGUGUGGUCUCAGAGAAGCCAGUGCGGGGGCCCAGGUGCUCCAACUACCUUCAGCAUCCCGGGACUGGUGUUCCUCUGUGGGAUGUCCUGGGGACCAGUCUAGGCCCACAGCACUGCGAGUUCUGGGCCAGCUCAGCGGCUCUGGCCAUGGCGGGAGGGGGCAGGAAGGAGGCCACAGGGGGCCCUCGGAGGUGAAUCUGAAAUAAACCAACCCUGCAGUAUUCCUGCGCCC